GGGACAAAGAUGCCAAAGCACAGAAGACGAGAAGGACUCUGUGGCGCCCUACUAUGUUGAGACGCCGUACGGUUUUCAGCUAGACCUGGACUUCCUCAAAUAUGUCGAUGACAUUGAGAGGGGCAACACCAUCAAGAAGCUGAGUAUCCAGCGGAAGCCCAAAGUGGCCAAACCCUUGGCAGUGCCUCGGGGCAGCACUGGCAGGGGCAGCACUCGGGCUGAAUGGACCUCCACCGACUCCUUGUCCUCCUCCAACAGCGACGACAAGCAGUCCCCAGUGUUUUUCACCUCCAGGCCCCAGGUCGCUGCACCGCUGACCCCCACCCAACCCAGGGCAACAUUUGAAGUCCCCGUGCAACAAUCCCUCUCGGUCUUCGCAGAGCAGAAACAGCUCUUGCCCCCUCCCUCGCCCAGGUUUGUCCCUCGCCACAACCCCCAAGUGGAGAAGACCCUCAUGGAGACGCGUCGCCGGCUCGAGCAGGAGCGUCUCCUCAUGCAGCCGCACAACGAGCCCCCCAUGCCCCGGCGCCGGCUAGCCAGCUUCGGGGGCAUGGGUUCCAGCAGCUCCCUGUCCUCUUACUCGGGCUCUGUGGCAACAAGCCAGAUCUCUCCCAGCACCCUCCAGCCUCUCCCCAUCAACGGCCACUUCCCCAGUGGAGAGUUCAACCCCUACUACCCACCAUCCAUGGGCAGCUCCAUCCGUCACAGCCCAAUGAGCUCUGGCAUGGCCACGCCUGUAACUAACGUUAGCCCUUUACACCUUCACCAAAUCAGGGAGCAGAUGGUGGUGGCCCUCAAGAGGUUGAAGGAGUUGGAGGAGCAGGUGAAAACCAUUCCUAUCUUACAGGUAAAAAUUGCUGUUCUUCAGGAGGAAAAAAGACAAUCGGCUGCUCAAUCAAAAAAUCCCGUUCCUGGAGGUUUUCGUAAGCGUUCCUACAGUGUAGGCUGUGUUGACCAAAUGGAGAACCCGGGCCCCAUUCAGAAAGAACCUGAGCUGCACAUUAUGGAGCCUGAGGCCCAGGAACAGAACACUCAGCGGCUGGAGGAGUUCAGACGUCUGGCUGCAGAGGUCCAAGCUCUGGAGAACACGACCCAGGACAGUAAUGACAAUGAGCUUCGGCCUCAAAGACUCACGUUAAACCAAGUCAACCAAAAGUCUGUUGGCAUAGUUACUGAUGAAAACAUGAACAACCUUCCUGUCGGUCAGGGGAAGACGACAAGUGAACACUGUGUCCGGGAUGCAGGAGUGGUGACGGAGCGGCUGGAGGUUCGUAGCACGGCAGUAGGCGUGACUGAAGCCAUGCUGGGCAUGACCAGUGAAGCUGAGAAAGAGAUUGAGCUCCAGCAGCAGACGAUCGAAGCGUUGAAGGAGAAGGUCUAUCGCCUGGAGGUAACGCUGAAAGAAACCACGCACCAGAUGGAAAUGGGGAAACUAAAACUGGAGCUUCAAGCAGCUGGUGGCUCAAACAAGAAAAAGGCAGACAAAGGUAUGAUGGCCAAGCCGGAGAUGUACAACGCCUGCGUGGAGGCCAAAGUCCAGACGCGCAGCCAGGGGGUGGGUGACCAUGUGGAGUUCAGCCAUGUUAGCACAGCUAAAACUACACAGAGUCACACUGUAGGAGUCUCCUGUGAACCCAGUGUCACCAGCAUUGCCUCAGGCCCAGAGAUCCCUAUGGACCGGUGGGUGGUGCAUGAGCGGGUGGAGGUGUCUGACCGGUGUGUAGGGAGGCGAGUGGAGACAUGCAGCCUGCAGGUCGGCACAGAGCUGAAUGUGUGUGAGGUGGGAGUGAACACAGAGGAGACAGUGGACAGCUUGGCUCUCUGCAAACCCAUGACGGAGCUGAGCAAGGAGUGCAGGUCGGUCGGCUGUGGGGAUUGUUCAGUGGACGUGAUCGUUGGACCCAUCAAGACGCUGGUGACGCAAGGAACGGACCCAGAUGUUGUGAGUAAAGUGGACUGUGGAGUCACGGCUGCUCCUGAGUCAUCGACUCAACAGACCAACACUGAGACACGGAGGGAAAACAAAUCCACCAACACACAAUCAGCCGUCCUCAGAGACUCAUUCACUGACAUGGGGUUCGUCACCUGUGAUCAACACACCAACACGACUGUGACAGAAACGAGGACGGUCGCCGCUGGAGAAGGACUCGUCAAAGACGUCCACGCUACAGCAAAGACACGUUCGAUUGCUGUUGGAACCACCACAGAUGUGGACUCACUUGUUGGCAAAUCAAGCUCACCUCAAACCAAAGAGUGUGGGGUGGGACCAGUGAACAUCCACGAGAACUUCCUGGUUGGCUUAAAAACCAGAAACAUCGCAUGCGGCCCCUCCCAGGCAGCUGAAGGUGUCCCCAGCAGCAAGGAGACAAUGGAGGUUAAAACGGAGCCUGCACCACUGCAAGCUGAGGCCCAGGGGGGGGUCGGGCUGGACCAUUACAUAGAGAGGGUCCAGAAGCUGCUGCAGGAGCAACAAAUGCUGCUGGCGGAGAACUACACCGAGCUGGCUGACGCCUUCGGUCAGCCCCAGUCCCAGUUCGGAUCCAUCAACAGUCAGCUGGUCAGCACGCUGUCGACCAUCAACUCUGUGAUGAAGUACGGAAGUGCCGAGGACAUCCUGAAGCUGGAGUCCGACGCCGUGGAGUCAGAAACAGAGACCAGUCAGCAGCUGAGCUCCCAGUCUCUCUCCGCUCAGACGGAGCGGUCGCAGGUGGAGAACACGUCCGCGGGUUCGAGUCCAGCCGACAAACAGCAGCUCAGUGCCGCCGAGCAGAAGAGCAGAAUGGACCUGCAGAUGUCCACCGCGCUUCACGGGCAGCCCGGCAGUCAGAACACACUGAAGUCCAUCAUGAAGAAGAAAGACGGCCGACCCGACUCCAACGGCACCAAGAAGAACCUGCAGUUUGUCGGGGUGAACGGAGGGUACGAGACAACAUCGAGCGACGACUCCAGCUCAGAAGACAGCAGCUCCUCCGGGUCGGAGGAAGAAGACGAGGACGAGGAGGAGGAGGUGGAUGAGGAGAAGGAGUUGGGAGGACAGGAGGAAUACAAGAACGUGGAGCAUGAGGUCAGCAGGGAGGAGUUCAAACCUGAGGGAAGCGAGGACGUGGACAAGAAAGACGAAGAGGAAAGUUCAGAGAAGCAGGAGACCAGAGACAGGUAUGAGCUGAGUGAGAAGAUGUUGGCGGCGUGCAGCGUUCUCAAAACUCACCUGAGUGACUCGAAGGCCGUGAGCACCAAAGACCUGAGAGCGUGUCUGAACACGGUGCAGCACGAGUGGUUCCGUGUGUCCAGCCAGAAGGCGGCGAUGGGGGUCAUGGUGGAGGACUACCUGGGGGGCUUCGGGUCCGUCUCGCCGGCCGUGCUGCGCCACAUCGUCAACAUGGCCGACGGCAACGGCAACACGGCGCUGCACUACAGCGUGUCGCACUCCAACUUCCCCGUGGUGAAGAAGCUGCUGGACGCAGACGUGUGUAACGUGAACCAGCAGAACAAGGCGGGAUACACACCCAUCAUGCUGGCAGCGCUGGCGGCCGUGGAGGCGCCCAAGGAAAUGCGUAUUGUGGAGGAGCUCUUCAGCAAGGGGGACGUCAACGCCCGGGCCAGCCAGGCGGGUCAGACGGGGCUGAUGCUGGCGGUCAGUCACGGCCGCAUGGACAUGGUCCGGGCGCUGCUGGCUCACGGGGCCGACGUCAACAUCCAGGACGACGAGGGCUCCACGGCGCUGAUGUGCGCCAGCGAGCACGGCCACGUGGAGAUCGUCAAGCUGCUGCUGGGCCAGCCCGGCUGCGACGCCCGGCUCAGCGACAGCGAUGAGAGUAACGCUCUGUCCAUCGCUCUGGAGGCCGGACACAAGGACAUCGCAGUGCUGCUCUACGCACACGUCAACUUCUCCAAAGCCCAGUCACCGGGAACCCCCCGACUCGGCAGGAAGACGUCACCCAGUCCCACCCGGAGAGGCGUGUUCGAUUAGAAGCCCCGCCUCUGCCCAGGAACCCCACGCUGCUAUUGGUUCACGCCGAGCGACGCCUUACCCACAGCUGGGCGAGGGAGUUCUUCCCAAACAACAACCAACCAAUGAGAUUUCUGGAAGUAUUUUGUAUUUAUGUGCACACCUCUGUCGUCCAGGACGAACCCAAAGUGCCCUUUGAAUGUAACCAGCUGGUGCCUCGAGUCCUGAAACCAUCAGCAAACCACUGGAGUUCACACCGACACGGACUAAUGCAAUUUUGUCCUUUUCUUUUAUUUACGUUUUUCCAUUUUUUCCAAUUUGACCACGUUUUGAUUUCUAAAGCUCAAUGUUGAUCAUUCAAGAGCGUCGAAACUUCUUUUUGAUUUUUUUUUUUUUUUCCAGAGCGUCAGAGUAGACGGAGAAUAAUCCACCCAACGCGUUAGAGGAAACACUUCCUGUAUAUAUUGCUCGCCUCAACAACCCGGUGUCACUUCUGUGUCCCGAUGAAUUCAUCGAUGAAUAGCUGCGACGUAGAAACUGUACUUUUAUAUAAAUCCUUUGUGUCUAUUUAAAAAGAAAUCACAGUAUUUUGAAUAUUUCCUAUUCCUACUUAACGAUCCAUGAAGUUAUAUAUUUAUCAAAGUAUAGUUUUUAAUGCAGAUAUAUGUAUUUCAUUGUACAUACGGUGGUCAUUAGUUUAGUUAUUCUCCUUUUUGUCUCUCACGCGUAAUGUAUAAACUGUCCUUCCUCCUCUCGUCUUCAUCACGGUACUGACUUUCAUCGUCAGAUGAGAAUUGAAGUGCCUGAGACUUUGCCAUAUAACAAUAAACAUCGAUUAAAGAAUUUAAA